UUGAGCAACAGCAGAGCUGCACACGAGGCAAGUCUCUCAGUUUCUCUCGAAAGAAAUAUUCAACUGAAUCCAGCAGCUUUUUCUCAACAACAGCAGCAUCUCUGCAACACUGAGUGUCGAUAUGUCUGCUGCCAGCUGUCUGCUGACUGAAGAUCAGUUUCUGUGCUCCAUCUGUCUGGAUGUGUUCACUGAUCCAGUCACCAUACCAUGUGGACACAACUUCUGUAAAACCUGCAUCACUGAUCACUGGGAUAUUAAUGUUCCCUAUCAGUGUCCCAACUGUAGAAAGGCUUUCAACACAAAACCUGAGCUGCAGGUCAAUACUGUCAUCUCGGAGAUGGCUGCUAAGUUCAGACAGUCAACUUGUGACGUCUACUCAGGAUCCAAAGGAAGGACCUGGAUGUUCUUCCUGGUGUGUCUGAUGUGUGUCUUCAUGGCCCGGAUGGUUUCAGAACAAAAGAAACAUCUUGUUGGUCCUCUGAAAGAAGAAUAUGAAGCAAAGAAGGCUGAGCUGUGGAAGACAGGGGCUGAAAUUCUGCAUAUGAUCCAGAAGAGACAAAUGAAGAUUCAGGAGAUCAAACACUCAGUGGAGCUCAGUGAUCAAGAUUCUGACAGAGAGAUAGCAGAAGGAGUUCAGAUCUUCAAUGCUCUGAAGGAGUCUGUUGAGAGAAGCAUGGCCGAGUUCAUGAUGAUGAUCCUAGAGAAGCAGAUAACGACAGAGAAACCAGCUGAAGGCUUCAUCAAAGAGCUGGAACAGGAAAUCUCUGAGCUGCAGAAGAGAAGCACUGAGGUGGAGCAGCUCUUACAGUCUGAAGACCACCAACACCUCCUCCAGAGCUUCACCUCCCUGAACGCUGUUCCACCCACCAAGGACUGGACAGAAGUCAACGUCCAUCCACCUUCAUAUGAGGGGAUUGUGGUGAGAGCUGUGACUCAGCUGGAGGAGACGCUCAGUGAAAAGAUUAAGAAAUUGCUCGCUGAGUCUGAUCUGAAGAGGGCCCAGCAGUCUGCAGUGGAUGUGACUCUUGAUCCUGAUACAGUACAUCCUAAACUCAUCCUUUCUGAUGAUGGAAAACAAGUACAUCAUAGUGAUGUAAGGAAGAACCUUCCAGAAAAUCCAGAGAGAUUUGAUACAUGUGUUAAUGUCUUAGCAAAGGAGAGUUUCUCUUCAGGAAGAUUUUAUUACGAGGUUCAGGUUAAAGGAAAGACUGACUGGACUUUAGGAGUGGUCAGAGAGUCGAGGAAGGGAAAAAUCACACUGAGCCCUCAGGAUGGUUACUGGGUGAUAGUGGUGAGGAAUGAAAAUGAGUACCUCGCUGCUGCUGACCCUGCUGUCCGUCUGUCUCUGAAGUCUCAGCCUCAGAAGGUGGGGGUGUUUGUGGAUUAUGAGGAGGGUCUGGUCUCCUUUUAUGACGUUGAUGCUGAAGCUCUUAUCUACUCCUUUACUGGCUGCUCCUUCACUGAGAAACUCUAUCCAUACUUCAGUCCCUGUUUUAAUGACGGUGGUAAAAAUUCUGCCCCUCUGAUCAUCUCUCCUGUCAGUCACUGAGUAGAACUAAAUGUUACAUCUAUGAAAUCAUAGAAAAAAAGAGACUACAGAACAUCCAUGAGAAUCAGAAUAUUUUUCUACAGUAUCAAAUA